AUGGCCACCAGGUGGACAAAGGCACGGAAACGUUGGUCUCCAGAUAUUGCGAAAAAUUGUUACCCUAUGUACCACCAGCAGUUUGAGAUACUUGAUGAGGCAGAAGUCACAUGGAACCCGUGGACUCAGGACCAGCUAAAAAUGGUCUUUGAUGCUCGACACUUCACACCAGGCAUGUUGACCGAUAGUGCAUUCUGGCUGACUCGCUGCAACUUAUUGUUCCUGUGGCUAACCAAUAUGGGCAGGGGUUGGAGUUUAUACGAUUGGAGGGAAGAGAACAGUGAAUGGGUACACAAGUGGACAAAUGAAGCGCUAGCAGAUAUAGUGCGUCAACUAAGGCCGUACGAUGGAAGUACAGAUCAAGCGUACAAGCAGUGGUACUGCAUGAACACACGUGCUAGCCUGGCCAGUCAGCUAGCUACUAUACCAACACAUCUCACACAAGAGGAGCAGGCGCGGAGACAUGUUGAGCUGCAUGCAGCUUACUAUCGUGACCACCUGCUUGAAAAUGUCAACGAAGUAGGGCAGAUGGCUACGGAUAGCAUGCCGGCCCAGGGCCCAUAUCGCAAGACAUUCCAGAAACUUUUGCAACAAUUCGUGGCAAAGAAGUUCAGAUGCGGUAGAGGCGACGACGUUGCCACUGGAGCAUACAUGCCGGUAGCGAGGUCAGCCAGACCGAGUGCGGCACCGUCGUCCAGACCGAGCGAGGCGCGUACGAGCCAUGAGCAAUGGGGGGAGGGUCCGAGUACUAGAACGACAUUGCCACGACAUGACUCAUCUCUACCACUGCAUCGCUCUUCUUCGAUGCAGCUUCGUCAGGGGCAGACAUCUCAGGACCAUGGCACGGGCUUGGAUUCGAUGCCCGAGCAGUUUCUUUCCCCUAACCCAUAUGCGUACACAGGAUAUGAUGCAUACACCCAAGGUGAGGGAUCUCAGCCGUUUCUCUCCACGCGAGGGAUCCCCAUGCCCGAGGAGACUCGUGUACCAGAUUUAAACCAGCACCAAGUACAAUGGCCAGACAGUAUAGGAGAGGGAUAUGCUCAGGACACACCUGAUGUUAAUUGGGGCGAUGAGAACACCCAACGCGGCGUCAACACAGGCCUCCGGGGAGCAUCACAUGAUCAUGGCGUCAACACAGGCCUCCGGGGAGCAUCACAUGAUCUUGGCGACACGGUUACAUCAUUAGUUACAGAGUUCUUCGGAGGGGAUGUUAUUGGCCCAUCUUUUAUCCCCCCGGAGUCACAACCAUACGCGUACAAUUACGCUUCAGGUUCGCAACAAGGAUUCGCGACUCCACCACCUACGCAGGACUCGCAGACACAUGAAGCCGAAUUGGAGUACGGCCGCGGUCUUCGUUAUGUUGAUUCGUCCGACGGCUCGUCGGACGAGGAGGAGUACUCUGAUGAGAUGGCGAUGAUGCAGGCGGCCCUUGAAGACGCGGAGCGUGUGGAGGAGCAUGUUCCCAUUUUCAAGGGCUCGAUCAAGGGUCAUCGAGUCGUCAACCGCAACAGGGUGCGCGUGCAUUCGACACAGAUGACCGACUACUUUGCCCUCGAUGCACUAUUCACUGACCAUUUUCGCCAGCGUUUUCGAAUGCGCAAGACUGUCUUCGAUCAUUUGUAUCAUGGUGUCCGGUCCUAUGAUGAGUAUUUCAUCCUGAAGAAGGACGCCGUGGAAACGAUUGGUUUCUCUGGUUACCAGAAGUGCAUGGCCGCACUUCGGUUGCUUGCAUAUGGCAUGACUGCUGAUUCGUGGGAUGAAUACAUAUGGAUGUCUGAUAGCACAUAUGGAGAUGCUAUGGUCAGAACUGCCCGAAGGCUUUACGAGGGCAAUAUCAGGGUCAUUUUAAGAAUGCUCACCAUUAUUUUUGAAACAGUUGCAUCACAUGAUUUUUGA